AUGCCAAGUGCAUCAAGUGUACUGUACUACUUGGUCCACCCGCAGCAAUUGCGGUCAAUCAUCCAAUGGAAAGUCUGGCACAAUCCGGUCCACGAGCGGGAUGAGUCCAAGGAAUGCGAAACCCUGAAGCGAUGCUUCUACUUUCUGGAUAUGACCAGCCGGAGUUUUGCCGCCGUCAUCAAGGAACUCCAUCCCGAGCUCCUCGUACCCGUCGCCCUGUUCUAUCUGAUUUUGCGUGGUCUCGACACGGUAGAGGACGACAUGACGUUGCCUUUGGAGAAGAAGGAGCCCAUAUUGAGGAAUUUCCAGGACAUCUUAGAGCAAGAUGGAUGGACUUUCACAGAGAACGGCCCGAACGAGAAGGACAGGCAACUCCUAGUGGAGUUCAACGUUGUCAUCGAGGAGUUCAAGAAAAUCAAACCCGCGUAUCGGACGAUCAUCAAGGACAUCACCAAGCGCAUGGGAAAUGGCAUGGCCGACUAUGCCAACAACGCCGAGCACAAUCUCGUCGGCGUCAAUACUAUUGCGGACUACGAGCUGUAUUGCCACUAUGUUGCAGGUCUUGUCGGCGAAGGUUUGACCCGCCUAUUCGUUGAGGGAGGUCUGGCGAAUGAAGCGCUCCUCAAGAGACCGGAGCUCAUGGAGUCGAUGGGUCAGUUCCUCCAGCAAGUCAACAUCAUCAGAGAUAUCAAGGAAGAUCUGGACGACAACCGACGGUUUUGGCCGAAAGAGGUGUGGUCCAAGCACGUCGACAAGUUCGAGGACCUCUUCAAACCGGAGAACAAACAGGCUGCUCUCAAUUGCAGCUCCGAGAUGAUCCUGCUCGCAUUGACACGUGCCAACGACUGCCUCUACUACCUCGCUGGUAUUCGGGAACAGAGCGUCUUCAACUUCUGCGCCAUCCCGCAGUCCAUGGCCAUUGCCACUCUGGAUGCAUGCUUUCAGAAUCACGAUAUUUUCAAGAAGAACGUCAAGAUCACAAAGGGAGAUGCUUGCCAGCUGAUGAUUGAGUCAUCACAGAACCUUCAAUUAGUGUGUGAUGUGUUCAAGAGGUACACUCGUAGGAUACAUCAGAAGAACAACCCGCACGACCCCAACUUCUUGAAAAUCAGCAUUCAGUGCGGAAAGAUCGAGCAGUUCAUUGAGUCCAUCUUCCCGUCGCAGAAGAAGCCCGUCAAGGAGACGCCUGCCACUGCGGAAGCUGCGGCGCAAGCAAAGCGCGAAGCGGACGCCGCAAGGUGGGACAUGUUCUACAUGGGUCUCGCCGUGAUCUUCACUCUGGGUGUCAUCAGCGCUUCAAUGGUAUUCGUGGCAUGGAUGGCAGGCGCGCGCUUCGAUAUCGCUUUCGCCCAACUCAAACAGCAAUUAGGAGACUUCAUCGGUGCCGGCUCGAGCUCUCCACAGCCAAGCGGACACAUUGGCCACGGCGAGCUGUAG